AUGCCCGAGUCCACAUCUAAAUCCGGAUCAACAAACCCUAAACCCAAGCCCCAAUCCGCCAAAUCCACAGAUCCAUUCUACGCCGUCUCGCCGAUAUGGAAAGACGUUACUCCCAUCCCGCUCAUCGAUGGGCCUCCCAACCAAAAGGACCCAGGCCCCGCCCUGGCCACCAUCGCUUACGCACCGCGAUACACGGAGGCCAUGUCAUAUCUGCGAGCAGUCAUGGCUGUGAAUGAGUUCAGUCGGCGCGCGCUCGAGUUGACGGAGGAUAUCAUCGGAAUGAAUCCGGCGCAUUAUACUGUUUGGCUUUACCGAGCAAAGAUCUUGAAGGAAUUGUGGGAAAGGGAGGGGACGAGUACGGAAGACGGGGUCAUGGAGGAAUUAGACUGGUUAGAGGGAGUAAGUGAACGGAAUUUGAAAAAUUAUCAAAUCUGGCACCAUAGACAACUCCUCGUCUCUCUGCUCCCCAGACUCCCUCCAACGGAAACCGACUUCCUCGCAUACAUACUCUCCUUCGAUUCAAAGAACUAUCACGUCUGGACCUACCGCCAAUGGCUAUGCUGCCGGUUCCCCGAUCCAUUACUUUCCACCGACGUGGAACUUCAGGCCCUUGACGCACUAAUCAACGAAGACGUCCGCAACAACUCGGCCUGGAAUCACCGGUAUUUCAUCUGCUUCGGGGCCGAGGAGCUUCGCGUCAUCGAAUCGGAGGGUGGCAACAGGAAAGAAGUCCUGGCCAGCGGCAACCUCGUCGUUGAUGAGGACGUUGUCGAGCGAGAAAUCAACUACGCCAAAGACCAUAUUGCGUGGGCGCCGCAAAAUCCCAGUCCAUGGAAUUACCUCAAGGGCGUGAUUAAACGGGCGGGCAUUCCGAUCACGGACCUCCAGGUGUAUUGCGAGAGCUUCGUGGGUGGCAGAGGGGCGGAUUUGAUGGGUGACAAGGUUCGAAGCAGCCAUGCCAUAGACUGGUUGGCGGAUAUUUAUCGCUUGGAUGGCAAUCUGGAGAGGAGUAGGGCAUGUCUCGAGGCUUUGGGGAAGAAAUGGGAUCCAAUCCGGAGGAAAUAUUGGGAUUAUCGAGCAAAGCAGUUGACGGCCGGAGACGAUAAAGAUUCAGUCGGCAGCAAGUGA